AUGGGUCGCUUCCCAUGGAGUCAGGGAUCGUCCAAGCAAAGCAGCGACAGGCUGCAUGUGGUUGCCGGUGACUGGUUUUCAAAGGACAAUGCUGAACCGUCAAGUCAAGCCUUGAGCGAGUUAAUCAAAGAGUAUUCAAGUGUCGAGUCUGGAAAUCUCGACAUAUCCCCAAAAGCUCGAGUGAGGUCGCGGACGAACACUAUCGCUUCAUCGUUCUCCGCCAAUACUCGGUCUUUGUCAGAUGCCUCGAAUGAGAUGGCCUCCAGGCCUUCUUCCCGACAGAGUUUCGUCGACGGUGGACUUCCGCUGCCCGAGCGCCAAGAAAGUGCUGCGAAGACCCUGCUGAACAAGGGCACUCGCAUGUUGAAGCGGCAAGGGAGUAAGCUCAACCUGCUGCCUUCCCAGAUUGAGGACAGAUCAAGUGUUGUCCUCGCCGAAGCAAGGGCUGUUGAGAUCGCCCCGGUAAAAGGUCUUCAGCGCCAGCCCACGCUGAUCUCCAGACGGUUGAAACGGAGUAUAUCGGGGCCCUUUGCUUUCCAACAUUUGACUCACGCGGAUCAAGCCCACUUCCAGAGUCUGGAUUCAGUUAGCAAAACAGACCUCACGUCAGAAUUCCAUGCAGUCCAUGCAGACCAGCAGCCGGUCGGCCAGAUUCGUGGGAUAACUGUCACGGACCUUCCAGCGAACGGUGACGAACCAAAGAUUCACGUUGGAUUUGACGAGCCAACUUCGCCAACUACCAAUGCCAUCCCUUACCUACCAACAACCCCGACACGCCCAAGCCCGCCGCCUAAGGAUAGCUUCGUGCCGCCAUACAGUCCUUCCGACUUUCGGCUGUCUCGCUCCAUGGAGAAUUUCUCUCGACCAACGAGGCUGUCCGUGGCUGCCGUUGAUAUCUCUCCUUCCUCGGAUAAUGGUAGAAGGUUGUCUGCCAUGAGCCCUAUCAGCCAUGCCAGAGCCCUCGCUAAGCCGCUCCCACACUUGCCAAAUGACCAAGUUGUCCACGCUGUUUCCACUAGGGACGACAUUGCCCUCCCACUCCGUACUGCUCCUCUGCCGUCGCCUCCAAGGACAUUAAUGGAGGUCGUUGAAGAGGAGAACACUGAGGAGAAAGUCAUCGCAGAGGCGGUACGAUUGCCCGUCCAACCACCAAUUGCGGACGUCCUCGCUUCACCUUCGGCCAAACAACGUAAGCGGCGAAGUCAAUCGUCCGGUGAAAUUCAUUUCGGCACUGUUUCCUACAUCUUGCCGAAUGGCUCGUCGAAUCGAGAAACGACCGGCUUGGAAGAUAUGGGAGGGGAGGCAAGUCCCAAAUCCAAGAAUCGAUUCUCUAUUGCGGUGAAACCUAUCGAUAUUGAAGAUUGGGAGGAUGCCAUUGAUUAUUCGUGGGAACAUGCCGCAGAGUUGGAGGAUGACGGUGGCGACAACGCUUCAGCUGGAAUCCUCGAUCAUCCCAGGGCUUUGAGCAUACCUGCGGAGAAUUAUUUGGUGGUGGAGCAGCCAUCCCUCGACGAAGCAUCUUCCUCUGCUUCGACUCCGUUGACAAUGCAAAUACCCAGCAACCCUCCCCGAGAUGACAGUGGCCCUUGUCGCCAGCUCGACCAGGAACCAUCGUCCCCACUCCUUGGGCUGGGAAUUGAGUCUCCGAAGGCUGUCCCCACUGUCUCCUUGGAUGAAGCAGCAGUCAGUGAUCUCCACCAACCUCAGGACAAUUUUGCCUCAACAGACCCUUUUCGCACUCGGGCUAUGCGCAGUCCCGUCUCCACGAUGAGCAAAUCGAGCUCUCAAGAAAGCAUUAUUGCCUCAAUUUUCGGCACACACAGGUCGUCAAAUUCCAGCACGAGUAUUUCGGAUCUCGCCCAUCUAGCAAGUUUCGGGAACUCGGUGGAAAGCCUCAAGCUCGAUCUUCAAGAUUUCGGAGCCAGUGUAGAAAAGCACUUCCGAGAAGGGAGCCAAGACACGAUACGGGAAGGAUCGCAGAGCAGCAAGACGACAGAAUCCCAAGUCAUUGAACCUAUUGGACCGUUCACUACAUCUCCGACAAUCAGGCAUGACCGGGGUGUUUCUGCGUCUCAGAUUCCCGUGCCUGAGAGAAAGUCGUCGAUGCCAGGAGUCGAACUCACGAAGGCUCAACUCGGCCGUAAACGAGCCACCACUGCAUCUUCUCGACCUCGACGUAACACCCGCGUUUCCUAUUCUCUAUUCCCUACCAACGUCGCCACCUGA